AUGGACAACGUGAAGACACGCAGUUUUAGCAAUGAUGAGGAUGAAGAGGUGAUCUCCACAGACACCGAGAGCAAAGAGAAGAGCAAAGAUAAAAAGACACUGUGCAAAGUGAAGUGGUCCCGAGAUGAGGAUGAAAAGCUGAAAAAACUGGUCGAGCAGCAUGGAGCGGAGUCCUGGAAAUUAAUAGCCAACUUUUUUCAAGGGAGGACAGAUGGCCAGUGUCAGCACCGCUGGCAGAAGGUGCUCAACCCAGAGCUGGUGAAAGGACCCUGGACAAAAGAGGAGGAUCAAAAGGUUGUUGACCUGGUACACAAAUAUGGCCCCAAGCGUUGGUCAGUGAUCGCAAAGCACCUCCAGGGGAGGAUUGGAAAGCAGUGUCGUGAACGGUGGCACAAUCACCUCAACCCAGAGGUGAAGAAGUCUUCAUGGACUCAGGAAGAGGAUCGAAUCAUUUAUGAAGCCCAUAAACGUCUUGGCAACCGCUGGGCAGAGAUCUCCAAGCUUCUUCCUGGACGGACAGACAACUCCAUUAAGAACCACUGGAACUCCACUAUGAGGAGGAAGGUGGAGCACGAGGGCUACCUGCAAGAUGCCAGCAAGACUCUGUCCUCCUCUCACAGUGGAGGGAAGAGACGUCACCACAGGCUGUGUCCCCCAACUCCAGCAGAGCCUCAGAGCUGUGAUCACAGUCCCCUGUCGAUACCAGGACCCAACCAGAUGGGGGGUUAUACCUGUGAUCCUCACAGUGGACACAUGAUGGAUAGUCUUCCUGAAAAUUCAGGCUUCAUUCAGCCAUCGUGCCUGGACGAUCCCGACAGAGAUCAAAGAAUUAAGGAGCUUGAGCUGCUGCUUAUGUCAGCAGAGAGUGAAGUCCAGCGACAAGUGCAGUGCAGAGGUCCAUGUAGCUUGGAGCAGUACUCCAUUUGGUCAGACAGUUUGUCCGACGACACGUUGACCACAAGUGGCAGCAGCUUGGAGGAGCAGGCAGAGAGAAAACCCUGGAGGGACACUGACAUUCCCCAGGCUCCUACAGCACAGCUUCCAAUCUCUCCUAGUAAAUUCCUGGCAUUGGAGGCCAGCACCGUGCUCUCCACCCUGCAGACCAUACCGGAGUUUGCAGAAACCAUGGAGCUCAUUGACUCCAUGUGUUUUGCUCUGCAGGACCCAGGUGCGUGGGGCGACGUGGCCAGUUUUGACCUUUCAGACACAGCGACACCGCCCAGGCACAAUCUGGCAGGCUACACAACCCUCCUGCAAGAGAGGACCAUGGAUAAUUCAAUGGAUUACACUCUCAACACUCCCACUGCCGUAUCAGGCCGAGACAAGAACUGUGCUUCCUUUGGUCUUGGGAGUGUCACUUCUCUGACUCCCAUCAACUCGUCCAAACCUACCCAAGCAUCCACAGGCCGGAGGAGGAGGAGAGAGAGGGGAGAACCAUCUCCUUUAGGCGACAGGACCUCCUUGUCUUUCUUGGAAAAUAAUUCAAAUUCUCCAAAGAAAACGCCAACAAAGUCACAGCCAUUCACCCCUUCACGAUUCUGCAACAUAUCAGGGGCGGAACAUCUGAGUCUGGAUAACCCUGCCCUCACCUCAACUCCUGUGUGCGGCCAAAGGUGUCUCCUGUACACGCCGCUCCACAAAGAAACCACACCGAAGCACCAGAAGGAGAAUGAUGGGUCGCGGACACCCAAGUUCUGUAAAACCAUAAUGAUUCCAACCCCACGGACACCGACUCCUUUCAAAAAUGCUUUGGCUGCUCAAGAGAAAAUGCAUGGGCCCCUAAAGAUGGAGCCCCAGCCUUUAGCAUUUCUAGAAGAGGACAUUCGAGAAGUUCUGAAGCAAGAGACCGGAGCAGACAUCUUUAACAGAGCAGACCACCAGCCAGACUACAGAGCAUGGAAACAUAAUAUUGAUGGCCCAGCUAGAAAAGUGCGUAAGUCCCUUGUGCUGGACCCUUGGGGUAAAGACUGCCUCAACACCCAACUCUUCCAGGAGCAGCGCAACAACACAGAAAAGCCGGAGGAAAGUCUUCUGACGAGCUCCUCGCUGGUCGCCUCGAACUCUGAGCAAGAGGAGUGCAGUCGCCCUUUGACUUCUGCACGAGAGGAGCCAUCACUCGUUCCUGUGCAUCCCCAUCGCUUUACGAGCCUGCGGGUGAAGAAGCUCAACGCCUCCCACAAAACACCAAAACACACAACUGCUCAGGUGAGUGAGUGGGAAGCAGUGGUUUAUGGGAAGACAGAGGACCAGCUGAUUAUGACGGAACAGGCCCGUCAGUACCUGAACCCUUACCCGUCUUCUGGCUCUACCUCAAGGGCCCUUGUUCUUUAAAGCUGUCACCUCACUGCGCGGGCAACACUACCACACCCAUCCCAGCAUCGAAAACCUCCACUGAACCCUGUAAGAGACAAUCCAGUGAAGACAAAUGAUUUUUGUUUUUUAUUUUGAUACAGAAAUGCACUGCCAACGACGUCCACACAAAGGCAUGGCUGCCUACUAACACACAUUUCUACGUCACUGACCGAGUAGUAUGUUGUUUACAGCUUGGACUUGUGCUCUCUUUUGAAAACACAACCUGGCUACAUGAGCAGUUUUGUACAGAUAUGAAAAAAGACUAGAUUUUGUCCUGCACUAGUUAGAAACGUUGAAACAACCUGCACAUACAAUAGGCUGUAGAAAUAGUGUUUAUUACUAGCAGUGGCUGCUUCUGAGUUUUAUAUUGUUAAUAUAUUGUUUAAAUAACCAGCAAGACAUUUUAUGACGUGUUGCUACUCAUUGUGUAUCAACUUGUUUCGCUAAGAUACAUGCAACAUCUGUAGCUUUUCAUUGACACCCAUGUAUCUUUAAAAUCCCACCGGGGGUUUUGAGCAUAGACACUUACAGUACAGAAUAUAAUAUUAAGCAUCGCAAGCAUUUUAAACUAGAAUGGCGAUCAGUAGAGCGCAUCAACCGUGUCCCUUAUGAAACCACAUUUAAUUUCAUUAGAUCCAGAUUUUUAUUUGGUUCUUCACCAAAUGGCACACACUCAUAAAUAUCAAACCCUCUGACUAAUCAUGGAAAAUGUUGAAAACGCCCAAAUCUCACCAAAAUUGUAUGCGUUCUUUACUGACUUUUACCGCAUCCCUCUGCCAAGUUUUGUGGUAAUUAGUUUAAUAGUUUUCGCAUAAUCUUGCAUACAAACAGACAAAGUGGACGGGUGUGAAGACACAUGGCAUUCGAAGGGACAGCAGUGUUGUUGCUGAAUCACGGUGAUGUGAAGUUGGUGGGGAUGGAAAUAGAAAAGCUGUCAGUAUUGCACUACUGAGUCGAUUUUGCUGCUGAGAAAGGAGCAGUGUUUUUAAGGGCUAACUGGAUAGCACUUGUGAUGGUAUCUUCUUCCUCUUUUUUCUUUAAACAACACAUUUCCUUUCCAAGGCCAUAGUGUCGGUUGAAUGUAUUUCAUUGCAAUGUACAUGUGUAAGAACCUCAAGAAGGGAAGGGUACCUUUUAUGUUUAUUUCUGUUUGUUUUAUUUAUUAUCUGCUUAGAUAUUAAUAUAAAUCGGAUACCAUGAGUUUAAAAAAAAAGAAGUUUAACUUUGCUGACAAAACAGCCUCAAAAAUAGAAGAAAAAAUAAAACCCUCACAUGCUCUAAAAGCUUUUCUGAAGAAUAAUAACCUUUGGUCACUGACUAGUUUUCAUAUCUUUAGUGUGCUACAGGCAUUGGGUGGAGAAGGAUCUACUUUCUAUGUGGAGGCUGUAGUUUUUAUUUAUUUAAUGUUUACUAAUUUAUUUAUUUCUUUAAAACAAAUCAUUUAAGAGAAAUUAUUGAAGAAUUUUAUUGUCUUUUAAAAAAAUAAUCAGGAUUGGGCUACCGUUCGGUUCUAUUACUCCAAGUUAGACAAACGUGCACUGCCACUAAUUUAAGUUGAAUUUCUUUUAUUUUCCUGGAUAAGCAAGAUCUAGCAAAUAAUAAUAAUCCGUGUCUAGUUGACUCUUGUAACAUAUAGAGAGGUCAUAUUCCUUGAAGUUACUCAAACAUGCUCUUUGCUAUAAGGUAGCAGGACUCCACCUCUGACCUCUAAUCAUAGACAAAUUGCACUUUUUACUCAUUUAAUUUGAAAUGCUUGUUUGUUCAUCCUGAUGAUGUAGCUCUUGUCCUUUUUAUUGGUGUGUUUGAGUAUGCGUGAGUGUGUUAGAGGGAUGUCUCCUGAGUUUGUUAUGCUGACAUUAAGCUCAAGCUGCUUGAUUUAAACAUAUUCCUUUCUCCUGUUCUGCUGCAGAAAUGUGUAAAUACACUACGUAUAAUCCUUCCAUGAAACACGUUUAGACAAAAAGUCACAGCUAACACCGAACAUCCUGUUUCAACAAAAUCUGAAUUGAUCACUUCUAAAGCAAGCAUGUCAACAACCUUGUAUUCUGCUGAAACGCCCUUUAUAUUAUAUGUAUAUAAAUCUAUUAAUGAUAAUUUCCUUUUGAGGAAACACUGUGCUUCCACGUUCCAUGAGGGAACUUUUUUUUAAUCUGGUUAAGUAACACGACAGCUAUAAAUGGUCUUUGUAUUGUCUGCAUUGAUGGAACCAGUAUUAGAUAUAAUCUGGAUUAUCCUGCGUUAAGCGCUAGAGUGAGAAUAAGAAGGGAAUCUUGUCAGGGAGAUCAAGUGGAAAAGAUCUGGAGUAAAUGGUACACAACUCUAAAACAGAAAGUAAAGUAACAUCCACAUAUGACAUUUGUGUUAAAAAAAAUUGUGUGUGUCUAAUCUGUAUAUAUCUGUUCUGUUGCUUUGACUUGUUUUUGUGCAUUCCAUAUUGUUAAGUUCAAGGUAACACGUUUGUACGUUAACAAAACUUGGCCACGUAACAUCAUAGGUUUUGAGGGAAGUACAUAGUCAGGAUGGUAGCAUCUGUCUCACACUACUGUAGAUAUGCAUGAGCGAUACACAAGAUGCAGGACUCUGCUUUUAUAUACAGAAUCACAGACUCACAACUAUGUUUUGUAGCAUUUUCAGUAGAAAUCAUGACCAAGUCACCAUAGAAAUCCUGCCAACUGUCUUUGUAACCGUGUACUUACUUUGAAAAAAAUAAAAUAAAUGCAUUCAU